GAUCUCAAGGAACCCACGUCAAAACAGUCGUCAUCUGCUAUUGAUUUUGAGAGACGAGAAUCGACUUCAGAAAUCUGGAUUCAAACUAUUCGGUUGACUGUAGAUCUCUAUGCAUUAUACCACGACAUUUUUUCUACACAACCGGAAUUUCUGGUAGAACUAUUGGAUUUACUGGUGGCACUACUCAAACGGAAAAAUGAAAAACUGGGACAAACAGGGAUUCGAUGUUUUUAUAAUUUAAUAGCAAGAAAUGGCAUGCGAUUUGAUAACGUCACGUGGGGUAUAAUGACGAUUACAUUGGAAGACAUAUUUAAGUGGACGACACCUAAUGAACUCUUGGAUAUAGACUUAGUAAAUCUGAUUGAAAAUGAGGAUAGCAAAAUUGACUCACCGAGUAUAAAGAACAAUGUGAUUGGUGCAGGAAUACCAUUGAAAAAUAUCGCUCCUACAAAUGUACCCAUGGACCCCACGGAUAUUUUUGUCACCGAAAAUCCUUUAACAUUUACGCCCAAUAAAGGGUCUAACAAAAUUGAUAUUGAUUUCCCACACGCGAUUUUAAAGUGUGCGGCGCAACUUAUUGCUAUCCAAUCUGUUCAAGAUCUCGCUCUUAAUGAUAAUUCGAUUUCAUCAACAAAAGAACAAGUUCACUAUCUUGCACAAAUGCCCGCUGAAUAUAGGAAUCGAUGGUUGAGAUGUUUGUAUAACUCUUAUAAAUUCGCCCAUGAUUUUAAUGCAAAUGAUAAGCUCCGUCAUGCCUUAUGGAAAGCUGGAUACGUUCAACAAAUGCCCAACCUUACAAAACAAGAAACACUAUCUCUAUCG